GGACGUCACCUGACCGGGAAGAUGGUGCUGAUCACAGACGUGUCCGGUGACCUGACCACGCAGGAACGAGAGGAACUGGAGAACAUCCAGCGUCGCAAGCAGAAGUUGCUGGAAGAUAUACAGCGACUGAAAGAAGAAAUAGCAGAAGUAACAAAUGAAAUUGAAAACUUGGGAUCUUUGGAGGAGAAGAAAAACCAGCAAAAGAAUAAACAAGUUGCAAUGGGAAGAAAGAAAUUCAACAUGGACCCUAAAAAGGGUAUCCAGUUCCUGAUUGAUAAUGAGCUGUUGGCUAAUACCUGUGAGAGCAUUGCCCAAUUCUUGUACAAAGGUGAAGGACUGAAUAAGACCGCUAUAGGAGACUACUUAGGAGAACGAGACGAUUUUAACAUUCGCAUACUUCAUGCCUUUGUGGAACUUCAUGAAUUUACAGACCUUAACUUAGUGCAGGCACUUCGUCAGUUCCUGUGGAGCUUCCGCUUGCCAGGAGAAGCUCAGAAAAUUGAUCGUAUGAUGGAAGCAUUUGCUCAGCGGUACUGCCAGUGUAAUCUAGGAGUCUUUGAAUCAACAGAUACCUGCUAUGUAUUGUCUUUUGCCAUUAUCAUGUUGAACACCAGCCUGCACAAUCCUAAUGUCAAGGACAAGCCAGCUGUAGAUCGUUUCAUAUCCAUGAACCGUGGCAUCAAUGAUGGAGGUGACCUACCCGAGGACCUGCUGAGGAAUCUGUAUGACAGUAUAAAGAACGAGCCAUUUAAGAUUCCGGAGGAUGAUGGAAAUGAUCUUACACACACUUUUUUCAACCCCGACCGUGAGGGUUGGCUGCUGAAGCUUGGAGGUCGUGUUAAAACAUGGAAAAGACGAUGGUUUAUUCUGACUGACAACUGCCUGUACUAUUUUGAGUACACAACGGACAAGGAGCCCCGUGGGAUAAUACCAUUGGAGAACCUCAGUAUACGGGAGGUUGAGGAUUCUAAGAAGCCUAACUCUUUUGAGCUCUUUAUACCAGACAACAAAGACCAGGUGAUCAAAGCAUGCAAGACAGAGGCUGAUGGAAGAGUGGUAGAGGGUAAUCACACAGUUUAUCGCAUCUCUGCCCCUUCAGCAGAAGAAAAGGACGAGUGGAUAAAAAGCAUAAUAGCUGCCAUCAGCAAAGACCCAUUCUAUGAAAUGCUGGCUACCCGAAAGAAGAAGGUGUCUUCAUUAAAAAGGCAUUAGUCUGGAUCUUCUGAGGACAUAGGAAGUAAACAAUGUCCAUAAAUUUAACUUGACAAUCAUUAAACCUAGAUUGCGGUGGAAUAUUUCAGCUUUCCCUACCACCCUUUUAUAUGUCUUUGCUUUCAAAACACCAACUAAUCU